GCGACAAAUCAACUACAUCAGCGGUUCCUUCGACAAAAGCGAUACUUCAGCUAAUAUCCACUCGCUACUUCGACUUUGAUCAACACAUUCGUUAGCAAAAAUGCGUUCACUCGUUACUCUUAUCGCAUUUGCCGCUGCUGCUACUGCAGCUACAUCCUCUCUCGUUGCAAGGGAAGAUGCCCAGACCUGCGCUAUGCGCACUCUUCUUUCUAGUAGCGCUUGCAAUACCGGCGAUGCUGCCUGUCUCUGCUCUGACUCUGCACGCACGGCCGUCAUGCAGGAGAUCAAGGCUGCAUGUGGUGCUGAACAGAGUGACUUGACCGAUAGCCUCGCCAGCGAGGCAUGCCGUAUGCAGAAAGUGCGUCGUGCAACUCAACCCUCCGCCACCGUCGUGCACAUGGGUCUUGCAACACCCUCAUCGUCACCAGCAGGCCGCGUUAACGGUGCACAGGAAAGCUCUGGUCAAGAAGCAUGCACUUGCGCCAAUACAAACACCAAGUCCAACACUCCCUCCGCCUUAUCUGAGAACGACACCGAAGACUCCGAACUCAGUGGAUCAUCCUCCCACGAGUCCAACAUCCCUGCUCAGAGCAGCCGUGUCUAUGCUCCUAGCAUGAUGGCUACACCCGCUGCUUCCUCUGCUGCUCACCACGGCGUUAUGACUCCUCCUUCUACAUCAUCAUCGGCUCGUGUUGCUACUCCAAGUGGUGCUGAUGCCUACUCGCCCUUCAAGGGUGCUGGUAGCCAAGUUAUUCCUAGCUUGAGUGCUGUUGCUGGUGGUGUCUUGGCUGGUGUCGUUGCCGUUUUUGCUACCUUGUAA